AUGGGCAUCCAGGGGCUCCUGAAGGCCCUGGAAGACGUGCAGCGCGACUGCCACGUCAAGGAGUUUGCGGGGAAGAGGGCAGCCAUCGAUGCCCAUGGCUGGCUUCAUGCUGCUUUGGCAGGAAGUGCUGUAGAUGUUGAGCUGGAGGUUGACAACCAGGUUCAUGUUCGCUACUGUGCGAAGCGCAUCUCGAUGCUGCGAAAGUUUGGCGUAGAACCGGUCUUUGUCUUCGAUGGGGCGGCCCUGCCAGCAAAGACAGCGCUGCUGCAAGAGCGACGCCAGCGAAGAGAACUCAUGCGCAGGGAAGGCGAGCAGCGCCUGGAGGUGGGAGAUUUCGCACAGGCGAAAUCAUGUCUGGCCCAGGCGGUGGAAAUCAAGGAUCACCAAAUCGAUGAUGUUGUGCAGUUACUUGCUGCUGAAGAGGUUCGGUAUAUCCAUGCGCCGUUCGAAGCAGAUGCUCAAAUGGUGUAUUUGGCAUGGCAUGGUUAUGUCGACUUCUGCAUCUCCGAAGAUAGUGAUCUCCUCGCUCUUGGAUGUCCCCAAGUCCUGUACAAACUUCGUGGAGACGGGCAUGGCAAAGAAGUUCUGCUGGAGGAUGCCUUGAAUGGCAGGAGCUUGGAAGACUUCCAGGCAAUCUGCGUCUUGAUGGGCUGUGACUACUUGCCACGUCUCCACGGGGUGGGCCCAGCAUUGGCGCUCAAAGCGGUGUCGGCGCGGGGUUGUGAGGCGGAGGCCGUGGUCAGAGAGUUGCGAGCUCUUGGGAUCUCCGUGCCUUCUGAGUACGCAGAGCAUUUCCGAUUGGCAAGCAUGGUUCUGCAGCGACAGCCAGUUUACGAGCCUCGCAGCGGGCGGCAGAUUCCACUGCAGCACCAGGAGUCACAACCGACUCCUCCUGGCCAGCAUGAUGGCAAGCACCUGAAGGUGGGGGACGGGUGCAUCGCCCUCACCGAGCAACGUCCAGUUCAUUGCCUAGUGGCCAGCGCAAAGAAGAUGGCACCAUGUGAGGGACGGAGACGGAGCCGGAGCCGGACCCCUCGGAGACAAGGACACGACCCUGCUGUGGUGAAGGGCAGGGAUCUUGCCUUGAGAGAGCCGAGCUGCGGGCCGCAAGGUGGCGAAUGUGGCGGUCCACGGAGCGUCUUUGUGAGCGACUCCUUCGAGCAAGCCAGGUUGAAUCCGCAGGGUGCCAUGACCCUGCAGGAGUUCAUCCGCCGGGAGAGCAGGAGCGCAGCACCAGUGCAGGGCAUCUCCUGUGCUGACGGAGACCUGGGAGAUGCAAGUCUCGCAAGUCCAGCCUCGUCAAGAACGUCCCGAUUCUUUGGGCGGUGCAACAGUGCCAGCCUGUGGUCGGACUAG